GACGGCGUCAACAGAGCCAAACCCCCCUCCCCCACGAGCUCCUCCUUGAUGCGCGGCUCUCUCGAUCCCGAUCCAUUCAGAGGGGCUGCCCCUUCUCUCCUCCACUCGCCGCUUGGCCGUAGAGAAGAAGUCCGGGCAGGGGACAUGGCCGCCGCCGGUGGCAUUUUCCCAUCGCGCCUCGAUUUGGCCGCCUCGGCGGAGGCGCUCGCGGCCUGGAGGGUCGGCGCAGCGCCUCACCUUGGCCUGGAGGCUCGCCGCCAUGGAGCUCGCCUCGGCCUAGACCUGGGGCUCGACGGGGCCUCCCGGCCCGGUUCAUGGCCGCAGCCGCCCCGGCUGUGCACGCCGGCGUUGUGACGUGGUGGCCAGGGGCUGGUUGCUGCCUCGCCCGACCCCAGCGUGCCCGAGCCCAUCCGUGGAUCAUCCCUUGCCAAUUUAAUUAUUAUCUACAUUGGUUUUUGAGCAUUAGAUCCAUUAACUGAAAAGUAUGGACGUACUCUGUAUGUACAAAUCCACUUUACAUUUGUUUUCCCCCUGGGUUCAGUCUGUAAUCUCUUGUAAUCCCCUGGAUUAAGUCUGAAUCUUUACAUUAGACUCAGAAUCCUACCAUCUCCGUCGCUGUCACUCUGCAUACAACAUUAAUUCUUAUACCUGAAUCAGGUUGGUUAGCUUUCGAUGUAAUAUUAUCCGUCUUGUCUAAAAUAAAUCCACAUUCUUACACUCUGGUUUCUUCUUAUACAUCCUACAAUCACUUUCUUCUUAUAAAUAUUUUUUAGCAAUUAGCGUAGAUUGACAUGAGUUUCUUUCAACACAUUUUAAGACAUAAUGUCAUAUAUUAGAUGAUAUAUGUGCGUCAACAGAGCAGAGGAUUCAGGUUUAGUCAUCCUCUGCAUUGCAUUUGAUUCAGAUUACUAUAAGAUGAUUUUUAAUAGAUAUUUGGUCUUACACAAGUCACAUCGGAAAUGUUUUUUUCCUAUAGAUUCAGAGUAGUAUUUUCACGAACCUAUCACUGAUGCAUUGCCUUUCAUGUUCAUUCACAUAUGCUUAAUACUUCUGAAUAACGUACGUCAAGAUAACCUAGGGUUCAGGUUUAGUGCAUCCUCUGCAUGUUCUUCAGACCACUAUAAUAUGAGUUUUUAAUAGAUAUUUUGUUUUUAUUGCUUUCUUAUAUCGUGUUGCGCCUUAUCUAGUUGGAAUAAUCAACAUAGAUUUAUACUUUUUACCGUCUCAUUUAGCUCGAGAUCGAUUCGACAUCGUUACAAGCUGAGCAUGAGUAAUGUUCUACAGCUUGACCUUGAGCUUCAUUCAGUUUGAGUUGCCUCGAAUUUUAAUAUGAAUUAAACUGAUUUGAUUUUAUGCAUGCUUAAUGUAUUGAGUUUCUUCUUAAAUUGACUCAAAAUUUUAUGUCUGGUUUACCUACACAAGGGCACAAUGAUGAAUUUUACGGAGGAUGCUCCUGGUACACAACAUCCUUACUUCAUAAUCACCUAUCUGAAUGGUGCAGAACAUCAAUGCUUUGUUAAUGCUAAGUCCCAUGGUUGUUUUUUGUGUGCAGUAAAGAAAGGCUUUGUUCUCUUAACAAAGAUGGAAAGUAUAACGGCAUACAAAAACCAACGUGGACAACCCAGAUCUGGAACUCCAGAACAAUCUGACACUCCAGUGUCUGCUAAUGACAUGUGUUCCCUUGCUGAAUGGCCAUCCCAUGCUCGCCGCAACCGUGCGCUACUACAGGAUGAAGCUGGUGGACAGAAGAAGAAAGUCUGAGGUGUUCUAAAAGGUUUUACAUAUAAGAAGCGUUUUUGCCAAUGGAUCUGCAAAGCUAAAUAUUACAUUCUCUGAAAAAUUGGGUGGUACAGUAGGAAUGAACUAUCGUUCGUUCAAGGACGACAUGGUAGUCAUAAUGAAAAGAAAGUUACCACUCAUAGGAGUGAGGACGUGGUCGGACACUCACCCUACCAUCCAUCGACUCAUUGUUGCAGAUAUGAUAGACAGAUGGGACCUAGAAGAUACACCAGAAACAGAAGAAAAGAUUCUCAAAAUUGUGAAAGAGCGAUAUAGAGGCUGGGGAUCAACUCUAAGCUCCACUUACAAGGCAUACAAAACAGAUGCAGCUAGAUUGGCUAAUCUGCCGGAAGAUUUACAACCAGAAGAGUGGGAAUGGAUGAUUGAGUACUUUGGCACUGAUUCAAAAUUUCAGGAUCGCAGCCAAAAGAAUGUCGAUAACCGUAAGAAACAGAAGACAAAACACAUAAUCAGAUCAAAAUCUUACUCGCAAGUUAGUUUUGAGAAGAGAAACUUGGAAACUGGGGAAGAGCUAGAUUGUAUUGCUCUGUGGGAACUCACCCACACGAACGAUGGAACAUGGUCUAACACAGAUUCCCAGAAAGUUUACGACAAAGCACUUGAAGAGGUUAAAAAUAAAGAAACCGAAACUGAAGGUCCACUUUCAAGUGAGCAGAAAAACAAUAUUUUUCAGACCGCAUACAAAGACACUCUAGAAUGCAAGUCAUCGCAGCCUCGUGGGUACGGAUACAUGGAGAAAACUUCAACUGGUUCUGAAAGGUUUCAUAUCCAGAUUGAAGAGCAAGCUCGUGCUACAGCAGCCACCCAGGAGCGAAACUCUCAGCUCAGCCAGCAGGUCAAUGAAUUACAAGAUCAACUACAAGCUGAACGUGCAAACACACAAGAGAGGAUUAACUUGGAGCGUGCUGAGAGAGAACAACUUGAGGAGAGGUUAAAAGAAGAGCGUGCUGAAAGGGAAAGAUUGUUGCAAGAGGAGCGAACAUCAAGACUGGAAUUUGAAAAAAACAUGAUGGCAAAGUUUGUAGAAUUGAGCCAACAGAUGGGAACCCAACAGGUGCCUACGAAGAGGGUUGACAACAAAGAAAAUAGUAAUCCAAACUUGCAAAAUAUUCUGUUACAGAGAUCUAGUCCUAAUAAGACUUCAGGUUCAAGGCCAACUGCUAUUUCUUCAAAUGCGCUCAUACAAGCUGCAGCAAGGAAUUCUCGAAUGUUUAAAGGAAUGGAUCCAAAGAACUAGCUGGACUGGACUCUAGAUCACAGACAUUUUAGUCUUCGCAGUUAAUUAGGAUGGCGAAAUUACAUUUGAGUUUCAUUUGAUGGAUAUUUGCUAUGAGAAUUAUGAAUUUUAUGAAUUUACAUAUUAUACGUAUGGUUUUGAAUAUUGUAA